GACUGUCUCUGUAAGGGAUGGAAUUUAAGAGCUUAAAAAUAUCUGCAGAGAAUGCUAUUGAUUUUGACAGGUGUCAAACCAACAAACUACUUCUCUGAAUCUUACAGUUAUCUUUUGACUAGAAUGAUUCCAGUUGUGAGGAUGAAACUGUUCAAUUAUUUAGGAGAGUCAGAUAACAUUAGAGGAUGAUCACUAGCUGCCUAAUCCGCUACCAAAAGCAGUUACCCAAAUUCAUCCUCUGAAGAUAAACCAACAGCAUGUGUAUAUGGUGAAGAAUUUAUUUCUGGCUAAUGUUUUAUUUUUAAAAGUGUAUUUUUAAGAUGAAUAACUCCCCUUUUGUAGAACAUUUUUUGAUGCAACUGAUUUAACAUAUGUACUUUAAUUUAAAAGUGAUUUUGAGUAAUACAAAAUACAUUUAAGAAAAUUGUAUCCUCUUCAAAUUCCUAAAAGCUUAUUUGAAUUUCAGAUAUAAAAAUUCUGUACUCACUUUAUUUGGAACAAAAAAUUGCUUUUCAUCAUGGGAUUCUAGUGCUUAAUCCAAUGUGUCAAUAAUAAUAGUAAUGUGUUUAGUCUAUGGAACUAAUUUGUUUUAUUUGUUAGAGGGUGACUACAGUCAUGCUCUGUUUUUGUUAAAAUUAACUAAGAUUUUUCACAUCACUGCCUAAGGCAGUACUACCAAUCAGCUGUACAAUUCUCACCAUUCCCAUUGAGGAAAAGUAACCUUACACUGGGAAAUCUGCUCCUUGUGCUGCAUGCAUAUGGAUGGGCAGGCAAACACCGCUAAAACGUAUAAAGACAAUGAAGACAACACUGAAAGCUAUAAUGACUGCUACAGAGGAGGUGACCCAGUUUAUGGCAAUCUCAGUCAAGAUAUUUUAGAGGAAUGUUGUUACGAGCAGAUGAAAUCCCAGCCUCAAAGGCCAGUUAAUGAACUACAACAGGUGGAAUCAGUUGAUCAGAUGUGUUACGCCUCACUUGAUCACAGCACCAAGGGAAAACUCAGAAAACCAAGGAGGAAGAAAGACCCUCCAUUAGAGGAUGAAGAAGAAAGAUCAUCUAAAUCCACCAUUACAGCUUCCAAAGCUUGCAUUUACCUUAACAGUGAGCAACUGGCUGCUGAAAAUACAGCAAACAUAGAAGCCAUUCAUGACGAUCCCAUAAGAUUAAUGGGUUUGAUUCACAGGACAAAUGGAGAGAACAUUUGAAGUGGCUUCAUGAACCAAGUAUGAAAUCAAAGUGAGAUAUGCUUUAUUAAUUCUGGAGGAAGAGUGAAUGAUUAGAGACAGUACCCUGCCAAACUUAAAUUACAAACAAUGGUGUGAAGCAGCUAAAUAAAACAUUCCAAAUCAUUUUCAAAACACAUCUAUGGAUUAAGCAAAAAAUAACUGUAGGCUCAUGCUGCCCUUUUAAAGGGACUUUCCUUCUGAAUACACUGCGAAAGGGAGCUGUGAACAGAGAGAUACCAGCUUCUACAUGGUAAGGUAAAAAUUAAUACUUUGUUUAAAAAUAACCAUCGAACUUCAUACAGUCCUAGAAGAUCCACUGAGUUGCCUGUAGAACUCUCACAGAGUAUGACUACUCUUCUCCAUAGGUUUUAACAGUACUUUUGAAAAGAAAUGGCGUUUCACAUAUGCACACUUAAGGGUUCAGACGCUUUCCCAAUUAAAAACAGGUCCGCAUUCAAGAUUGUGUAUUUUCCCAUGGCGAACAGUCUACAGCACAGUGUCCAACCUUUCAGCUUGCCUGGGCUGCACUAAGUGAAAAGAAACUGUCUUGGGCCAAUGUUUUGGUUGCUGCUGAAUGAUGGGGUGCGCUAAGGACCAGCUUGGAUUGCUUGGUUGGGAAGAGCCACUGCCAUGAUGGGAAGGGGUGGGGGUGAGGCUAAUUACUAGUGGUCUUGGGCUUCAUGCAGCCUGUUACAUAUCCUCACUUUCCUUUUGUGAGCAAUAUCGGCGUACAUCUCGAAUCUUCAUUCCUCUACUAACGUAACACUUUUUUUGUAUAACACCACUUUUUUUGUACUCAAGAAUAAGUAAGGAUACUGGCAAAUGAUUUUUAACCAUCAGCCUUUGCCAGAGAAUUUUUCUAAUUUUCUAUUUUAAUUCCUAGUGCCUUUGUCAAUAAACUUCUUCACAAAAGUAGAAAGAACUACUUGUUUCCCCAUGUAAUUUACAUUCUAUGUGCACAUUCAUCUUUACACUUUCAAAUCAUCAGAAGGUAAGCUUUUAUAGAAUGGGGAUUUAUUUUUAUGUGACACGUUCUGGGAGUCAGUAAGCAGCAGAAGGAAACAGUAACACAUGUUGAUGUGCUAUGCCUACUCUCUAGGUUUUGGACAGUUCUGUCUUUAAAACCAAACCAAAACAAAAAACAAAAAAAAUCCCAACAGCAAGUAAAUAAAUACACCCAUGCAGAGCAUUGUGCCAAAGAGCUUGAAAUGCUAAAGGGCAUUCAGAGUGCCAGUGUCUAAGGUUCUGACGGAGACAGUAGCUCUAAACCAGUUACAAGAACCAAACCACCUACAGGACAAAGAGCUAGUCCAUAGAUGCAACAUAUCUGUGAAGGGGACAAAAAAAAAAAAAAAAAAAAGAGUUAAAGAA